CGCUUUACUACCACUUCAUCCCUUCCCAGCGGCGCCAACCCACCCGAACCCGAUCCACCCGAGAGAUCACGCAGCAACCAGCCAACCCCGAGACCCACGGAAACAAAUCAUACGUACCUACGUGCGCGCUUGGCGGCAAUGUGCAGAGGCACGGUGGACGGCCUCCGCCCGCUCGGAGCCCGGCGGCGGCUCGAGGUGCGGGCGUUCUACCUCCGCCUCUCCUCGUCAUCUACAUCGGCGCCGCCCGCGGAGCUCACGCUCGUGUACCGCCCGGCCAUCGGCGGCGCGGCGCUGGAGCUGGCCGGCCGCGCGCUCCCGCCGGCGUGCCCCGCCGAGGUCACCCUCCUGCGCGUGCGCGGCAACGAUGGCAAGGACGACGCGCCGGCGUACGCGAACGCGGACCGCGUCUCGGCCACCGAGGGCGCGCGGUUCGAGGUGUACGCCGCCGGGAAGGAGGAGCUCGCCGCGGAGGGCGCCUUCGCGUGGCGCAACGGCGGGUGGCGCGUCGAGUGCCGCCGCCCGGUCGCCUCGCGCUCGCCCGUGGCGGAGGUGCUGGUCCUCGCGGUGGGCGGCGUGCUCGUGAGAGCCAGGGCCAGGGCGUCGCCGGCGAGGAGGAUUGGGUGCGCCACGCGGCUCGAGGGGAUACCGGAGGAAGAGGACGCGCCGUGCGAGUGCGGAGCGUGCGGAGACGAGUGGGAGAUGGUCGGCGCCAUCGUCGACGAGUUCAAGGAGCACGAGGAGGAGGCGGAGGAGGAAACGAUGCGGUGGGCGCUGGAGAUGGGCGCCUGGGCGGUGUGCGUCGGGGUCGGUCUGCUCGCCACCGCCCGCCGGUUCAGACGGAGGCGGCCCGCGCUCCGGUGAUCCCGCCAAGAGUCAAGGGUACAUGUUCGCCAGGAUAUUACAGUAGCUUCUUGUUUCUUUCUCAAGAUUGUAGUAUGUACGUAUAUACGUACUAUAUAGACGGAGUAAAUUGCAGAAGACCACCACUUUAGAGAUUAGAUUUCCAAAAGGCACUAUAAUACAUUUCUUUUGCAAAAAACAACACGUCUAUGGUAAUGUUUUUGCAAAAAAUACUGAUCGGCGGAUCAGGCUCAGUUAAGUGAGUUCAUGACAGGUGGGUCCAUUUUUACCUACGUGACAUGACUUUUUGUGCCAGGUGAAUUUUAAUCUAAAAUUACAAACUAGACCUUAAAAAUUUACACGACACUCCUAAAUUAAAAAUGAAAAACGCAAUUAGCCCCCGGUUGUCGUUCUGCAGCAGAUUGGCGGUGCACUGUCCGAUUUGUCCGUCGCCGGUGGGUGCAGAACGCCCUUGCUCUGGUCGUCGUCCUCCCGAUGUAGCCCCACGCGCUGACCACACCGAGUUGUGCCCAGGUCGCCGACUACUGCCGAGACAGGCUCCACGCCGCGCUCGCCGAGGAGCUGCGCGCCGCAAGUACCCACC